ACCACACUCUCACAUCUCACGCUGACGUCAGCACACAGCCAAGAUAAAACCCUGAAGGCAGGAGCAGAGCACUGGUCAUAAUGAAUCCUCAGAGGCUUUCCUUGGCAGUAAUAUGUGUGUUGAGUAUCUGGACCAGAGAAUACGCUGCAGACUGUGGUGCUGGACAGGAGGAGGUGGAUGGGCAAUGCUGUGACCUUUGUACCCCAGGUGAAUAUAUGAAAGAGCUUUGCGCAGAGCAGCAAACUGUGUGUAGCCCCUGUAAGGAAGGCUUCUUCUCGGACCAACAUAACAUGGUAGACAGAUGUGAGGAAUGUCGGUCAUGCCAGCAUGAAUAUGCUGAGAAAUGUACAUCGACCACAAAUGCAAACUGUUCGUGCCGCGAUGGUUUCCUGUGCUCCAACAAUCUCUGUUCAAAGUGUGAGGAAAACAAAUGCGUCAUAGGGGAGAAACUGCAGAGGACAGAGAAUAAACCGGUUCUCGGGUUGAUAAAGUAUUCAUAUCGCUGUGAGCCUCAGCCUUUAUGCCCUCAUAACAAAUAUUUUGAUGUGAAAGAUAAUAUCUGCAAGACACGUAGAGACGCAUUUCACAGAGAUGGUAUAGACCCCGUUCAUGUGAUCCUUGGCAUCGGCUUUGUUCUGCUUUCUCUCACCCUCUUCGUGUUUCUAUCGUAUGCCUGUAUAAAGAACCUAAGGAAGCUCAAAGCAGAUAAUAUGAAGAAUAAUCCUACGGAAGUCCUCCCAGUCUCCACCAACGCCAGUGACUUUCACCUGUCGAAGGAGGAGAGUGGGCUCGAGCUCAUCAUGCAGGAUGAAUCCAAGAACAGCAACAGUUUUGGCCUCCUGCAUCUGGAAGAAGUCGACUGCACUUGUUGAUAACAAGUAUAAGAUGACACGAUCAGUCUGCUCACUAUAAUGAUAUCGAUGUAAUGGUUCAAAGCAUCUCGAUCGGUAUCGGCACACAUUUAAGAAACCUGUUGAAUGAAAGGUCACUGGUUCGACCUCCAGCAGGAAAGUGGAAAGAUCAGCAUUUGUCUGACCAACAUAUGAAGGUAUGAUGAGAAAAGUUUGAAACCACAGUCAAAAAUAUGUAAUUUUAGAAGUUCAUCAGUCCUACAUUCAGCUUUUUGGAUGAGAAUUGUUCUUUUUCUUGCCUGAUUUGGUUAAAAAAAUUAAUCAUGGUUAUAAUUAUAUGUAUAUAUGAUAUAUUUCUAGACAUAUUUCAUAAAGUGACUAUAACGGUCCAAUAUUCUAAUGUAAAUAUUGAAAAAAUACUUGCAUUAAAGGGACUAUUUGUAACUUUCAGAAAUGCUUCUUAACAGCAACACCUGUGGCCGUGAAAUCAACGAAAGUCAACGUCGAGCUCGCGCUUGCUCGCU